UUUUGUGUUAGGGCUCUUACCUUUUAAACGUGCAUCCCAAAUAGUAUUUUCUAUUGCAGCUCUGCUGCGCUGCUAGCAUUUGAUGCUUACUUCCGGGAACUAUUCGGAAAGACGCUCCAUGAUCCGCCAUUGCUGUGAAAAACUGGUUCAUUGGAGUGAACGGAGAUGACGUGACUCUCUCCUUGAAGGGCUCUGGCGCCGGCGAAAGUCGGGCACAAUUUCUAACCAGCAUGCCUUAUUCCAGCAUUGAUCACGUGAAGUCAAACGCAUCUACUGUUCGACGACCGAAAACGUCCUGUCAGUCGCAUGUAACGUUAGUAAAUCUGUGGGGUAGAGGCACAACAAGCAGGCACUCUGUGGAUAUUUAGUAGCCUUUUAUUUCAUUAGCAGUGAAUUCAGGACUGUGCCAGAAUUUGGAUGGAGUCGGCACACAAGUUUUCAUUGUCUUGUGUAGUUGCAGCAAGAGACCUCAGGGUUCAGGAUUCAGGCCAUCCUGUACAUCAGCAAGAGAAAAAUGGUCAAGUAUUUCUGCAAUAACAUUGACAUCAGGAGUACUUGGGACCAUGUUGUCUCGGCAUUUUGGCAGAGGUACCCUAACCCAUUCAGCACCCAUGUUCUCACAGAGGACGUUGUGUACCGGGAGGUGACUGCGGACCAUCGACUUCUCUCCAGACGCCUCCUGAAGAAAACCAAUCGAAUGCCUCGCUGGGCAGAGCGGCUCUUCCCCGCCGGCAUGUCUCGCUGUGUGUACAUCGUUGAGGACUCUAUUGUAGACCCUGUCAACAGGAGCCUGACCACCUACACCUGGAACCUCAACCACACAACUCUCAUGUCGGUUGAGGAGCGUUGUGUUUUUCAAGACUCUGUGGAGCAGCCAGCCACCACCCAGCUGAAACGGGAAGCGUGGAUAUCCUCAAGUGUUUAUGGAUUCUCCAGACCUAUUCAGGAGUUUGGAUUGGCCCGCUUCAAGAGCAACCAGGUGAAGGCCAUGAAAGGGCUGGAAUACGCACUGUCUAACCUACAGGGAGAGACGCCCCAGCGGUUGCUCAGGGACACAGUGAAGGAUGCUUCAGAGAAGGCUAAGGAGGCAGCCAAGAGCCUGGCUUCAGCUGCUGCUGUCCCACAGAAACCCCAGCAGUACGUCUGACAGGACAGUGUGUGAAGGACUGUUGCAGGUGACAUGAACUCAACACAAUGCCUUUUUGAUCAUCUUGACUUGACUGAUAUUUUCUGGGAUGUCGCUGAUUGCUGUUUUUUCUCUUAACGCUGCAAUCUGUGUUUUCGUCGGAUUACCUCUGUUCACUACGCCCAAUCUUUUUCUUUCUCUAUUCUCAACUUUCCGUCUUCUCUGUCCGCUUUCAUUAAACCUCAGGUGCUGAGCCUAUUUGUGAAACAAGUUGCCUUUGUGGAAACUUUCAGAUUUUGACCAGCAGCACCCUUUAAUGCUGAAACUACAUCAGGUGUAAAUGCACAUUUUCGUGUCUUGCAAUAUAUUUAAUGUAUCAAAUUUGUUUUAGUAUGCUUAUUUGCUUUCAAUAUUAUGGUAAAACUUGGUAUGGCAUUUUCAAAUGUUAUAAAAUACUAUGCUUUAGGAUUUGGUAACAUAAUACUGUGACUGAAGUUUUAAUUUCACCUAAGGAUGGACAAGGAUUAUAAUUUAAAGGCUUUGUUUCUUUGUUUCAAAUGACCCUAUUUUUCCCAUGUUCUUGUGUCUAGAUGACUAAUUAGGCCAGUAUUGAGCGAGCAUGCUGCAGUCUGCAGCAAACGAAACAAGGCUGCAGCAAACACAGGUGUUGCUGGUCCACCACUCCAUCGGUACGUUAGUUUUUUUUGUUCGUGUAAUUGUGUGUCUUUGGUGUUUUAAUUGGUUAAAAACACCAGUGCAAUGUACUACACAAACAAACUAGCCAAUCGAAGCAGCGGUAGAUCAGAGAGGUAAAAUUACUUUUUUUGUCAAGGGAGUCUGGUGGCUUUGACGAGGGCAUUAUAGAGACUUCUACUUGUUAAAUAACGCAGACCUUUCUUUUUAAAAGAAAAUUUCUUUCUAUAAGGAUCCUUUCCACAAUGUUGUCAGACACAAACAAACGGAGACUGUCAGCGGCAAAAGCAAGCACUUUAGUGGAUGUACUUUUGCAACAAGGAUUAUAUUGCAGCCCUGAUUCGCUGCUGCAGUGUGCUCACUCAAUACUGGACCAAUUUCAAAAGAUGACCCAACUAGUCACAUAGACACACAAACAUGGGAAAAUAGGGGUCCAGUAUGCAAAAUACCAAACUUACCCUUUUAAUAGUUCAAUGUGCAUUUAAUUUAAACAGUUGUUGUAUAUUGGUUCCUCAUGAUUUCUUUCUUUCUUGACAUUUCCUGGGUUUGCAUCUGUACGAAACUUCCCACUUUGAAACACAUCAGCACACUGUAUAGGUUACUAGUGUCAGCACAUAAUCUAUUUUGUAAUAUUGCACACAAAUGAAGAUUUUGUAUAAACGCUACUGGUUAGUCACUGCCAGCUCAGCCGGAAUUGAAGUGUCACAAAAUACCAAAGUGACUUGUAUCAAAAAAAGUCGGAUUGACUCAGAUUUACUCUCUAAUGUGAUAAGCCUUUAACAGUAUGACUGUGUCAUUGAGGUGUGUCAAUGAACAUAUUUUAAAGUAUAUAGUUUCAGUCUGCCUGUUGAUAUGGUAGUGAUGAAGAUGACUGGUCAAAAUAUUUCACUGAUUGCAUUCCCUUUUUAGAUAGAAUUGUCUGGAUUUAUUUUGCUGUAAGACUUGAAAUAUAGUUCAAAAUAAUUAAUGUGAUGUAUUUAUGGAGGAUUGUUUAGCAUUAAGCAUUUGUAAUAUGGAGUAUGUAGAUUUAUUUUAGCCAGGUUUAGAUGUUAACAAAAAGUAUGUAAAACAGGAUCCAUUGGACAUUUAAUCAAAGAGUUGAAUGUUUUUUUUUUGCCACAAAACAUGUUUAACCAACCCUGCAAGUUAAAGUCUAGUGUCUGUUGUCAAAUUAAGCUUUAAUAAAAAGUGAUAAUUUAUUGAUUUAA